AUGGCACGCUGCCCCUCUUGCCUCGGCGAUGCCACGAGGCUGGCUCUGCACGGCCACCUCGAGUGCGCACCCUUCCAUGCGCAGAGCCGGGCGCGUCUGAUCACCGGACACACCUUCACAAACGGAACGCCCAUCGGCGACAUCGUGUGCCAGCGGAAGCUGUACGAAUGCACGGUCAGCGGUGUGUUCAUCUACUUGCCGCUCUUCAACACCUCAGAGCUCGAGACGAUGUACCGCGUGUACGAUGGCCAAAACACACUUUCGCUCACGCACUUCCGGCCGAAUGAGCAGGCCGCCAUGAUUGCGUCGGCAAUGCAGCUCUCCUCAUGGCGCGGCCCACUGCACAUUGUUGAGGCAGGCUGCGCUGGUGGACAUUUCCUCGCGGUGCUCGCCAAGUCGCACUUGCUGAACGAGACGGCGCGCGCCGUCACGUCUGUGAGCUUGAGCUGCUUCGAGGCGGAUCCAAAGAUGGCGCCUGCGGCACAAAAGCUGCUCGGCCAAGUGCAGUCGAUGUCCAAGGGCUGGCUGCAAGCGCGCGUGGUGCGUUCCUUGUUCACAGGAGUCGGCUUGCAACCCGCGAGCGUCGACCUGGUCUCGAGCUCGCAUGUUCUGGAGCACGUUACCGAUCCUUGCACGUACGUGCAGGUGCUGCGCACGGUUCUGAGGCCGAGAGGCUACGUCUUCACCGAACUGCCACUGCAGUCCAUGGACCAUAAGCAUCGCUGGGUCCGCGGCCUAUUCCACGCCACGUUUUGGAGCAGCGCGAGCUACAACGCGAUGAUGGAGCGUUCGGGCUUCACCCUC